UCCUCCUACUGUCCUACAGACACUCACUCACAGUCUGGAAAUAUGAAGCUGUACUUUAUUCCUGACCAGUAUUCAUGACAGCUCUCUUCUGAGUCAGGAUUACGUUCAUUGUGCGCUCUGCGGUGUCUGGAUGAACUCGUGUGUGACAUCUGGGAUACAUUUAUUUGCACCACGGUAUUUUGUUGGUUUGGAGUGAUGCUGAUAUGUAACUGGCAUCGCGACACUCAUAGGCUGGGGACAUUUGAGUUCAUGAGGAUCAGGGGUCAUUGUGAAAGAAGAAUCUGAUCAUGCAUUAAUGUGUCUACAACAGAAUUGACGAUUAACAGGAUUAUAACCAAAUUAAAACUGAAUGAGACAUCAUGCUGGGGAAUGGAGAGUUAUAUACGGUGAAGAAGAGGAAAAGACCUGCUCACAAGAGUUGUGGCCUUGAGACUAAACAUAACGAUGCCACCAAAUCAAACCCUUCAAAGCGUCACAGAGACCGGCUGAACGGGGAGCUGUGCAAUCUGACGGCUCUUCUGCCGCUGCCAGAGGAGGUCCGAACCCGACUGGACAAACUCAGUGUGCUCAGACUCAGUGUGGGAUACCUCAAGAUCAAAAACUACUUCACUGCUACAUUAAGGAAGAAUUCGGGACCUGAGUUUUUCUGUAAUGAUGGUGAGACGACAGCUUCACUAGCCGGCAUCGGCGUCUCUGAAGGGGAUCUGCUGCUUCAGGCCCUGAAUGGUUUUGUCCUUGUCGUGUCCACAGAUGGCUCCAUCUUCUAUGCCUCGCCCACCAUUCAGGACUACCUGGGUUUCAAUCAGUCUGACGUGGUUCAUCAGAGCGUGUUUGAUCUGCUCCACAUUGAUGACCGGGUCACGUUCAAAUGCCAGUUGCACUUUGCCCUUGACCCCGAGUCCAGCAUUGAUGGGCCAGCGGACAGUGAGAGGGUUCCUCCAGAGAACUCGUCCUUCCUGGAGAGGAGCUUCUGCUGUCGUCUCCGCUGCCUUCUGGACAACUCCUCCGGCUUCCUGGCGCUCAAUUUUCAGGGACGGCUGAAAUAUCUUCACAGACAAGACCGGACCACAGAGGGUGAAGCAUCGGGUCUCUCGGAGCUCGCCCUGUUUGCCAUCGCCACCCCCGUUCAGCCCCCCGCUAUCCUAGAAAUCAGGACCAGGACCCUCUUUUUCCAGAGCAAACACAAACUGGAUUUUACGCCAGUGGGCAUGGACACCAGGGGGAAGGUGGUUCUGGGUUACACUGAGCAGGAGCUGUGCAUGAGAGGAUCUGGAUAUCAGUUCAUCCACGCUGCUGACAUGAUGUACUGCGCUGACAAACACUUACGCAUGAUGAAAACAGGAGAGAGCGGUUUCUCCAUCUUCAGGCUCUUGAGUAAGACCGGCGUGUGGAUCUGGGUCCAGGCCAACGCUAGAAUGGUGCUCAAGGCAGGCAAACCCGACUUCAUCAUCUGCCGUCAGAAACCCUUGACAAAUGAAGAAGGCGAGGAGCAUCUCCUUCAAAGGCAACUGCAGCUUCCCUUCAACUUUGCGACUGGAGAGGCUCUUCUGUACGAAACCUUCCCCUCUCUGAUGAUCCCGGGGCUGCAGGUUCACCCAUCCAGCACCGCCGUACAUCCCGACUCCCUCCUGGGCUCCUUACAGAGUCAAGACCACUCCGUCUACAACCGGCCCCCGGAGCCAGCGUCUCACUUCUCUCUGAAGAACAUCUUCAUGGACAGCCAUGCCCUGCUCAGUGUUCCCAACAGCAUCCAAUGGGACUUCACCUCCCAAGCCAUGCUCCCAAGCUCUCCAGACAUGGAUGGAGUCCUUAAAGAGCAGCUGAAGGAAGAGGAAGCAGCUCUACUGCAGCUACGGGAAGAGGAACCCAUCCAACUCAAUGACAUUCUGGCCAAUGAUGUUUUUUCAUACGUCGAAGACGCUCUGUUGAGAGAGGCUUCAGCCAGAGACAUCAUGUUAAACGGUCCUACAUCUCAAAGUGACACCACUGGGCGGCAUCAAAACUCUGUGUCGCCUGGCAACCCGAUAAUGAGAUGCGAAUAUUCAUCAUCUCAUUCACAGAAGCUCACAGAAUCUGACUUUUACGGACAAAAAGCACCAGAAAGAGAGUGUGCGAAUGACUCACUGGACCUUUUUGGCACUCUGAAAUCUUUCCCACAUCCUCCAAACUCCUGUAAUUCUAUUCCAGGCCAUGUUUCCAUCCCUUUUCAUAAUACUCACUCUUCCUCUAUAGAACAGACUGGCAUGGUGUUGUCAGAUCCAUCCCAAAACAAUCAUCUUUCUCCAAGUGUCCCUGGUCGGCCGUUUUCCGUAAACAUCCAGCAUGCAGUUCACCGAGGCACCCUGCCGCCAUGGCAACCGCAGCAGCACGCCAUCCCAUUAACCCUGCAGAGAUCCCACUGUGUUCAGAAUGACUGUAUUACCCACAAUCCACCUGUAACGCAGCACCAACAGGACUUUCAGUCACAAACAGAACUGUGCAGCCCAUAUACAAUGAAUCACAGUCACAGAAGCCACAUAUCCCAGAAUCCAUCAUCGUCCAGUAGUAGUUUCUCAUAUCAGAGAUGCACUUUGUCCUCUAAUGAGCCCUUUUCUGGGUUAUACAUCCCUGCAUCUAUGAGUACGGACUGCAGCUGUGCCUCCUGUCAUCUGGACUGAGCCAUUAUUGAAUAGUAUAAACACUCUGAUCUGAUUUAAUCAUCUUGAGUGUGACACCAAGGGUCCAAAUUAACAUAGCAUGAAUAAAAUCCUAAUUUAAGGAACCUAAAAUUGACUUGAACAAACAUUUAAGGAACAAAAUCACAUCAUGGUGAAUCCUGAGAUGCUUUUUAAAUACUACUGAAGAACUUCACACGCAUACUGGACAAUUGAUGAUGCUUGUUCACUAUCUGCUCCAAAAUUAUUUAGAAAUGUUUGUACAUGUAAUCAUCAAAUUAGCACGUUUUGUUCUGUAAAGAAAGUCAUACACAGACCAGUACUGUUGUUGUUAACUAAAAUUAAUAGACAUCA